CUCCACUUUAUAUAAUAAGAGCUCCUUUGACAUGUCAAUUCAAUUAUUUUAAUCUCUUGUUCCUUGAAAAUAAUUUUCGAUUAUGAAUUUCAAAUGAAAAACAGGCAGUGACCAAAACCUGAAUUGCCUCUACGCGUCUGAUUAGGUACCAGCAUGUGGCUGACACCUGCUGGAAAGGUCCUCUGCGGGCUUCUCUGACCCUGGGCCCAGCAGGGGCUCCCCUUGCCUCUGCUCCAGGCAAAGAGGCCCAUCUCGACAGGCUUCCCUCAACACUCAGGAGACUGUCCCCCGCGGGAGAGUGGUCCCAGGGUUCACCCACGUGUCCUCAGAGAAGGAGCAUUAGAGUUCAUCGUGAUAAUCAGGGUUGGGCCCUGUGACCCAAACCCACAUCCAGGCAAUGCAAGUGGUUUCGGAAGUCUUGAGCAGGCUGUGACCUGCUGGACCCUCCAGGGGUCUCGGCUCGCUGGCAGACGCAGACGCCCUCUUUGGUGGGCAGCUUGGCCUGUGAACCACCACGGCAGGACGCCUUGGUGAGACUGCAGCUCUCGGCCCUGACGCAGACUCACCCAGCGGGUAACUGGCGGUGGCUAGGCUGGGGGAGUUGGAGGAGCACCGCGGAGGGGUCGCAGGGCAGUCCUGGGGCGCCGUCAGCCUCCUUGCCGUCGCUGUCAUUGCCUCGUGCGCGCCCUUCACGGACGAGCCUGGUUCCCCGUCCCCCGCCUCAGCACAGCCUCACCCCUAACGCCGCCUCGGGACGCCCACCCGCAGGGCCUGCUGGCUCCCCGGGCCGCACGGCCUCCGCUCCACUCCGCCCCGCUUCCUGCCUGGACGCCCUCGGGCCGGGGACACGGGCGGGACAGCCGCAGCCGCAGGCUUGACCGCGCGGCGCUGGAGCCCGGGUGCGCUGAUCCAUUUCAGCGACCGGAACUGCGAGGCAACGGAGAGAAAGCCGCGGGAAGAGACUGCCCCGCCCACACCGGGCUCGGUCCCGCCCACCUCGAGUUUCGGGCCCCGCCCCCAGGCUGUUAUUGGCUGACAACCCGGAUGUCCCGUUCACUGGCGCAUCUCAAGGAGGUGGGCGAGGAGCUACUGGCAAAGCCUCGGCGCUCAUUGGCCCCUCUGCCCGUCAGUCACGCGGCGGCGGCGGCCUCAGGAGGCGGGCCCGGCGGUUCCGGAACAUGGCGGAAGGUGAAGGCUGGCGGCCGCCGCGCCCGUGCGAGGCCUACCGCGCGGAGUGGGAGCUCUGCCGCAGCGCCGGGCACUUCCUGCGCCACUACUACGUCCACGGCGAGCGGCCGGCCUGCGGGCAGUGGCGGCGCGACCUGGCCAGCUGCCGCGAGUGGGAGGAGCGCCGCAGCGCCGAAGCCCAGCGGUCCCUGUGUGAAAGCGAGCGGGCCAGAGUUCGGGCUGCACGGAAGCAUGGCCUGGUGUGGGCGCCCAGGCAGAGCCCCCCAGAAGACUGGCACCUCCCUCUGCCUGAGGACAAGGACGGGUGACCGACCCAAACAGUCCAGAGCGUUCGCCUAGCGUGGGACAUGGAGCCCUUGCCUCCAGCCUCGCCUGCCCUGCCGUCACCACCAGGCUUGGAGCCGGUCCACCCAGCAUGCAGUGUCCCUGUGGGCAGCCAGGGAAGCUGUCCCAAGGGCUGGGCUCCUCAGACGAACCCUCCAGGGGCAGCUCUGACCCGUGGGGACAAUUGGGGGGGAAUGAGGUGGCCCCCCCACCGGCCCUGCUCUGGUGGCCACCACGCACCUCGGUUCUCUCCCGCCACGGCCACUCACUGCUCCUUCCCUCGGAAUCUCACCCAGUCGUUUUUAGAAAAUGUGGAUUAUAUCAAAAGACAUUUCACAGGUUUGAUUCCAAAUAGAAACUGUAAAUUACACCCAGGCUUUCAUAUUGAGAGUUAGAUGCAGGCAGGGUUAGAAUCUUGUAUGUUCUUGUAGAUGCUCUUAAAAUACAUGUCCUUGAACCAGGAACCCUCCUUCAGAGGUCUCUUUCUUCUGCUGAAGUGAUGUAACCUCUGGGGCUGCGCGGCCGGCCCGCCACUGGGCGCUAUUCACCCAGCCUGCGGCAUCUCGGCGCCUCCCCCUGGGCCCCAGCCAGGGCACAGGCGUGGCUCCGCAUCACGGAACCCGUUCUUGGGGGCAGAAUAACCCAGCCCUCAGAAGGACGUUCAUUAUUGGGCCCCCGUGUGCCCCAGGAGUCCUCUGUGGCUGUGAGCAGUGGGGGUGCCCGCACGGGACCCCCGGAGCAGAGGAGAGCAUGAAGAAGGCGCAGGGUGCCCCUUCUGGCAACAGCUGAGCUCAUCAGCCGCGGCUGCAGCUCUGUCCACGGGCAUCUCUGUGCGAGGAGAGGGUGGCAUGGCUGGGUCCUCCUGGGUCUGAGACCCCCCGUGGGGGGCUGUGUGCUGGGAACGGCGGCCACCCCCUGGUUCCCGGGAUUCGUGCAGCAAGGCGCAGGCACCAUGAGGAGCCCCACGCCUGCUCGGAUGCUGAGCGCGCCUCCAGUGCAGGGGAACACCACGCCCUGGGACCGCACACCCAAAACGGACACAUCACCUCCGUCCCAUUGAGUUCAGGGGACCGACAUGGACGUUCAGGCGUCAGCCGUGAAGAUUGAAACGGGCAGCGUCUUUCAAACUCGGGACAGAGGCCAUGGUGACUAGCCGUUUGGGUGGUGACCCAGUGCAGCGUGGUCUCAGGGACGCUGGCAGUUCUGGGGCCAGGGUCAGAGCGCCAUCCUGGGGAGCCUGUGAUACGAGGAUGCGCAGCGGGGAGCCGGGCAGGGAGCCGGGCCCCGCUCGGGCAGCACUGUUGUCUGGUGUAGGUGAGGCUGGCCAACCUCCAGCCUCCUGUCAGCCUCUCGUGACCUCCAAAUAAAAGGUUGAGACUAAACAGUU